GAUGCUAUUCUGACGAUGAACCAUAGCUCUGUUCUCCAUGUUCUGGACCUUGCCAGCAACCAUAUGAUCACAGGAAAAAUACCACUUGUUAUCAACUCCAUGUCGCCACUCAAAUACCUCGGUCUCUCUAAGAACAACAUCAUUGGCACCAUCCUACCUUCACUUACAAAUCUAUCCUUCUUGGAAAGUUUUUAUGCUAAUGAUAACCAUCUAGAGGGAGGCAUCCCUCCAGAGAUUGGUGUUCUUCAUAAGUUAAAAGACUUUUAUGUGUUUAAUAAUAAACUUUCAGGUAACAUUCCUUCUUCAUUCUACAACAUGUCAUCGUUGCGCGAAGUUUCAGUAGCAAAUAAUAACCUCUCAGGUUUCAUUUCAGCUAAUAUUGCCCAAGCAUUUCCAAACCUUGAAUUCUUUUCUUUUGCUGAAAAUAAUUUCAUUGGUUCACUUGAUCAAGCUCUUCAAAAUGUGUCCAGCUUAGUCGUUUUGGACAUUAGCGAAAAUAAUUUCAUAGGAAUGAUGCCUCCAGACCUUGGAAAAAUGUAUAAUCUUAUACGACUCAAUCUGGCAUAUAACCAACUUGAAGCAAAUGAUGCAACAGAUUGGAGAUUUCUUGAUUCAUUGACAAAUUGCACCAAUUUACAAUUUUUAGGUCUUGAUCAUAAUAAACUCCGUGGAAGGCUUCCGAAAUCAUUUGGGAACCUCUCCAUUGAGCUUCAAGAAAUAACAUUAGGAUCUAAUCACAUUUUAGGAAGAAUCCCUUUUGAACUUGAUAGGUACACCAAUCUAAUUGGUUUAGGGAUGGAGAGAAACCAUUUGGAAGGUUCUAUACCCGAGACCAUUAGAAUGCUUGGAAGGCUACAAAUUUUAACUUUUUAUGGGAAUGAUCUUACUGGAAGUAUUCCUAACUCCUUAGAAAAUCUUACAAGACUUAACAAGUUGGAUUUAGGAUCUAAUCAAUUAACAGGGCAUAUACCUUCAUGCCUAAAAAGCCUCCAGCUUCUCAAUUGGUUGUAUCUUGGUCAUAAUAAUCUAACUGGCUGGAUUCCGAGAGAAAUUUUUUUGAUUCCUUCUCUUUCAAUUAUUUUAGAUGUGUCUUACAACUCUUUGACUGGGUCUCUACCAUUAGAAGUUGGUCAUCUAAUAAAUCUUCUCUACCUUGAUUUUUCUAAUAAUAAUUUGAGAGGAGAAAUUCCAAAAACACUUGGAAGUUGUCAAUCGUUGCUUGAAUUGAAUACGGAAUACAACUUUUUCCAAGGCCCCAUCCCUAUUUCUCUAGGUAGUGUAAAGAGUCUUGAAAUACUAGACCUUUCCCAUAAUAAUUUAUCAGGCGCUAUUCCUCAAUUUCUACAAAAACUUACAUUUCUAAGGAAUUUGAAUCUAUCAUUUAAUAAUCUUGAAGGUGAGGUGCCAUAUGAAGGUGUCUUUGCAAAUUCCUCAGAAAUAUCUCUCGUUGGAAAUGAAAAACUAUGUGGUGGAAUUCUAACACUUCAUUUGCCAAAAUGUGUUGAUAAAUCAUCGUCAAAAAAACCACAUUAUUUAAUCAAAAUUUUAUCCCCUAUUCUUAGCAUUGUAGUUUUGUUAUUCAUCCUUUUGUUGUACUAUACUUUGCUUUAUAGAAGAAAAAAGAAAAAUGAUUUAAGAAAUGCAUCUGGUUUAUCUUUAAGCCCUCCAUUUCCCAAAAUUUCUUAUGCACAAUUAGUUGAAGCUACAAAUUCUUUCUCCACUACACACCUAGUAGGAUGUGGAAGAUAUGGCUCUGUUUUUGCAGGCAAUUUAAGUGAUUAUGAUGCUACUGUGGCUAUUAAAGUAUUUAAUCUUGAGGUUCAUGGAGCUUUGAAGAGUUUUACAUAUGAAUGUGAUGCAUUAAGAAGCAUACGUCAUCGUAAUCUUGUACGAGUCCUAAGUUCUUGCUCGAGCUUAGAUAUUCAAGGCAAUGAGUUUAAAGCUUUGAUCUUUGAAUUCAUGCCAAAGGGAAACUUAGACACACACCUCCACCAAGAAUAUGAGAUUGAUGAAGAUGUUGUUCUCUCUUUGGAAAAAAGAUUAAGUAUUGCCAUCAAUGUUGCAGAAGCUUUGGAGUAUCUUCAUCAUAGUUGUGAACCACCAAUCAUUCACUGUGACAUAAAGCCAAGUAACAUUUUACUUGACAAUAACCUUAUUGCACAUGUGGGUGAUUUUGGACUCUCAAGAAUGCUUUAUGAGAAUGUGAAUAUAUCUCUUCAAGCUUCUUCCAACCAAAGUGGCAUUAAAGGAACUAUUGGCUAUAUUGCCCCAGAGAAUGGUGAAGUAGCUUCCCUGUCUCCAUCUGCAGAUGUUUAUAGUUUUGGAAUAGUAUUACUAGAGAUGUUGACUAGAACAAGGCCUACCGAUGAUGUUUUUAAUGAUAACUUAACUCUACAUAAUCACAUUAAAAGGAAACUUCCACAUGGAAUCAAUGACAUAGUAGAUCUUAAAAUGUUUACAAAAGAGCAAAGAGAUGCUAGCAAAGCGGGUGGAGAACAACCAACAUGGUUUAGUUGCCAAAGCAUCAACAAAUGCUUGCUUUCCUUGAUAGAAUUAGGUCUCUCUUGCUCAGUUUCAUCUCCAAAAGAAAGGCCUUCCAUGAAAGAUGUUACUGCAAAGUUACAUGCGAUUGAAGUUUCUUACAUUGUCAGCAGACUCUUAAUUAUCCUCUUGUCUGUCUGUUUAUCUGCCAAACAAUUGUUCGCAGUUGGAAGAAAUAAUACAGACUACGAAUCACUCAUUGCAUUCAAGAAUCUAUUUCUAAAGCAAAGCAAUAUGAAUUCUUCUACCAUUUUUGCGAGCUCUUGGAAUGUCACCAACCACUUUUGCUCAUGGGAAGGGGUCACGUGCGGCUUCAAGCACCGCGACAGAGUCACAGCCUUGGAUCUCCAUUCCGUCGGGUUGGCCGGUCCUCUUCCUCCUUCCAUAUUCAAUCUCACCUUCCUGAGAAGGCUUGAUCUCAGCCUCAACGAGCUCUAUGGCGAUAUCCCUCAAAUUCUGGCUUGCUUACCACGACUACAACAUCUUAACUUGAGCUUUAACUCAUUUGAUGGAGACAUUCAUGAUAUUCUGACGAUGAACCAUAGCUCUGUUCUCCAAGUUCUGGACCUUAAUAGCAACCAUAUGAUCACAGGAAAAAUGCCUCAUGUUAUAAACUCCAUGUCGCCACUCAAAUACCUCAAUCUCAAUGAAAACAAUAUUAUCGGCACCAUCCCAACUUCACUUACCAAUCUAUCGUUCUUGGAAACUGUUAAUACUUCAUUCUACAACCUAUCAUCUCUGCAGAUCGUUACGGUGACAAAAAAUCGCCUCUCUGGUUACAUCUCAACCAAUAUAGCCCAAGCUUUUCCAAACCUUCAAGCCUUUCUUAUUGGUGUAAAUAAUUUCGUUGGUUCACUUGAUCAAGCUCUUCAAAAUGUGACCAGCUUAGUCCUUUUGGAAGUUAGCAAAAAUAAUUUUACAGGAGUGGUGCCACCAGACCUUGGAAAAAUGUACAAUCUUGUAUACCUCAAUAUGGGAGAAAACCAAUUUGAAGCAAAUGAUGAAAAGGAAUGGAGAUUUCUUAAUUCAUUAACAAAUUGCACCAUUUUACAAACUUUAGGACUUUCUGGUAAUAACCUCCGUGGAAGGCUACCCAAAUCAUUUGGGAACCUCUCCAUGGAGCUUCAACGAAUAAAAUUAGGAUAUAAUCACAUUUUAGGAAGAAUCCCUUUUGAACUUGAUAGUGGCAUUAAAGGAACUAUUGGCUAUAUUGCCCCAGAGUAUGGUGAAGUAGCUCCCUUGUCUCCAUCUGCAGAUGUUUAUAGUUUUGGAAUAGUAUUACUAGAGAUGCUUACUGGAAGAAGGCCUACCGAUGACGUUAGUGAUAACUUAAGUCUACAUAAUUACAUUAAAACGAUAUUUCCUCAUGGAAUUAAUCACAUAGUAGAUCUUAAAAUGUUCGCAAAAGAGCGGAGAGAUGAUAGUGAAGGGGGUGGAGAACAACCAAGAUGGUUUAGUUGCCAAAGCACCAACAAAUGCUUGCUUUCCCUGAUAAAAUUAGGUCUCGCUUGCUCAGUUUCAUCUCCAAAAGAAAGGCCUUCCAUGAAAGAUGUUACUGCAAAAUUACAUGCAAUUCGAGUUUCUUACGUUCCUUCAAUUUAUUCAAUGGUGGAAAUUAUUAGUGUUAACAGACUCUUAAUUAUUCUCUUCUCUGUUUGUUUAUCUUCCAAACAAUUGUUAGCAAUUGGAAGAAGUCAUACAGACUAUGAAUCACUCGUUGCGUUCAAGAAUCAAGUUCUAAAGCAAAGCAAUGUGGAUUCUUUCAUCAUUUUCGCAAGCUCAUGGAAUGCCACCAACCACUUUUGCUCAUGGGAAGGGGUCACGUGCAGCUACAAACACCGCUACAGAGUCACGGCCUUGGAUCUCCAUUCUGUCGGGUUGGUCGGCCCUCUUCCUCCUUCCAUAUUCAAUCUCACCUUCUUGAGAAGGCUUGAUCUCAGCGACAACAAACUCUAUGGUGAGAUCCCUCCAAUUCUAGCUUGCUUACCACGACUACAAAAUCUUAACUUGAGCUUUAACUCCUUUGAUGGAGACAUUCAUGCUAUUCUGACGAUUAACCAUAGCUCUGUUCUCCAAGUUCUGGACCUUAAUAGCAACCAUAUGAUCACAGGAAAAAUGCCUCUUGUUAUAAACUCCAUGUUGCCACUCAAAUACCUCAAUCUCAAUGAAAACAAAAUUAUCGGCACCAUCCCACCUUCACUUACCAAUCUAUCCUUCUUGGAAACUUUUUAUGCCUCAUAUAACCAUCUAGAGGGAGGCAUCCCACCAGAGAUUGGUGUUCUUCAAAAGUUGAAACAUUUUAAUGUGGCUGUUAAUAAACUUUCAGGUAACAUUCCUUCUUCAUUCUACAACAUAUCAUCGCUGCUCAUCGUUUCAGUGACAAAUAAUUACUUCUCUGGUUACAUUUCAGCCAAUAUUGCCCAAGCUUUUCCAAACCUUCAAGCCUUUCUUAUUGGUAUAAAUAAUUUCCUUGGCUCACUUGAUCAAGCUCUUCAAAAUGUGACUAGCUUACUCCUUUUGGACAUUAGCAGAAAUAAUUUCAUUGGAGUCGUGCCACCAGACCUUGGGAAAAUGCAUAAUCUUAAAAACCUCGCUAUGGGAAGUAACCAACUUGAAGCAAGUGAUGCAAAGGAAUGGAGAUUUCUUGAUUCAUUAGCAAAUUGCACCGGUUUACAAAUGCUUCCGAAAUCAUUUGGCAACCUCUCCAUUAAGCUUCAACAAAUAACAUUAGGAGCUAAUGACAUUUUAGGAAGAAUCCCGUUCGAACUUGAUAGGUACACCAAUCUAAUUGCUUUAGGUAUGGAGUUGAACCUUCUCGAAGGUCCUAUACCCGAGACCAUUGGAAUGCUUGGAAGGCUACAAGCUUUAUUUUUUGAUGGGAAUGAUCUUACGGGAAUUAUUCCUUACUCCUUAGAAAAUCUCACAGGCCUUAGCGAGUUGGAUUUAAGAUCUAAUCAAUUAACAGGCCCUAUACCUUCUAGCCUAAAAAAUCUUCAGCAUCUUUCUUAUUUGGAUCUCAGUCAAAAUAAUCUAACAGGAGGGAUUCCGAGAGAUAUUUUUUUCAUUCCUUCCUUUUCAUUUGCUUUGUAUCUGUCAUAUAACUUUUUCACUGGGACUCUACCAGUAGAGGUUGGUCUUCUAAUAAAUCUCGUCUACCUUGAUUUUUCUAAUAAUAAUUUGAGUGGAGAAAUUCCAAAAACACUUGGAAGCUGUCAAUCAUUGCGUGAAUUAAAUAUGGGAUACAACUUCUUCCAAGGCCCCAUCCCUAUUUCACUAAGUAGUUUGACGAGUCUUGAAAUACUAGACCUUUCACAUAAUAAUUUAUCAGGUGUUAUUCCUCAAUUUCUACAAAACUUUAUAUCUCUUAUGAACUUGAAUCUAUCAUUCAAUAAUCUUGAAGGUGAGGUGCCAUAUGAAGGUGUCUUUUCAAAUUCCUCAGAAAUAUCUCUCAUCGGAAAUGAAAAACUAUGCGGUGGAAUUCUAACACUUCAUUUGCCAAAAUGUGUUGCCAAAUCAUCGUCAACAAAAUCUCAUCAUUUAAUCAAAAUUCUAUUCCCUAUUCUUACCAUUGUAGUUAUGUUAUUCAUCCUUUUGUUGUGCUAUACUUUGCUUUAUAGAAGAAAAAGAAAAAAUGAUUUAAGAAAUGCAUCUGGUUUAUCUUUAAGCCCUCCAUAUCCAAAAAUUUCCUAUGCAAAAUUAGUUGAAGCUACAAAUGCUUUCUCCACUACGCACCUAGUAGGAUGUGGAAGAUAUGGCUCUGUUUAUGCAGGCAACUUAAGAGAAUAUAACGUUAUUGUGGCUAUUAAAGUAUUUAACCUUGAGGUUCGUGGAGCUUUGAGGAGUUUUACAGAUGAAUGUGAUGCAUUAAGAAGCAUACGACACCGUAAUCUUGUACGAGUCCUAAGUUCCUGCUCGAGCAUUGAUAUUCAAGGCAAUGAAUUUAAAGCUUUGAUCUUCGAAUUCAUGUCAAAUGGAAACUUAGACACGUGGCUACACCAAAAACAUGAGAUUGACGAAGAUGAUGUUCUCUCUUUGGAAAAAAGAUUAAGUAUUGCUAUCGAUGUUGCAGAAGCUUUGGAGUAUCUUCACCAUAGCUGCGAACCACCAAUCAUUCACUGUGACAUAAAGCCAAGUAACAUUCUACUUGACGAAAACAUUAUUGCACAUGUUGGUGAUUUUGGACUUUCAAGAAUGUUUUAUGAGAAUUUGAAUAUAUCUCGUCAAGAUUAUUCCUACCAAAGUGGCAUUAAAGGAACUAUUGGCUAUAUUGCCCCAGAGUAUGGUGAAGUAGCUCCCUUGUCUCCAUCUGCAGAUUUUUAUAGUUUUGGAAUAGUAUUACUAGAGAUGCUUACUGGAAGAAGCUGGAAGAAGGCCUACCGAUGA